AUGCUAGUGUGUGUCACUAAUUAUUUGAUUUUGAGUUUUGGUGCCGGAGAAGCUUUCUUAGAUGACAAUAAAUUUAUUUUAUUUUAUUUUUUUAUUAUUUUUAUUUUAUUAAAUUUAACGUUAUGCUGGGCUUUUUUAUCUUUGUAG